AAAUACCUGUUAAAAAACUGUAACGCCAAUCUACAUCAAAACGUUAUAACGCUACAAUGUCAACUUGUACUGUAGGGAAAUGUAGUUUAUUUAACUCUCAUCAACGCGUUUGGGAGGAAACGGAACUACAUUUCCCAUGAGGAUAAACUCCUCGCGCGAACAUGUUUUGAGAAACUUCCGGGCCAGAUUCACGUGUGUACAUCUUUGUUCUGUGUUCUGUGAGGUAAAUGUGAGGUAAAUAAACAUCAUAUUUGUUGAUCAUCGUUUAUAAACUUUAUUAAAGUUUCAGAAUUAUCAACGCAGAAGUUCACUGAUGAUCAAUCAAUUCCAUUUGAACACUAUUUUAUGAACCAAACCGCCCUGGUGACGUAAUCAACAUGACGUCAUCAUCUGCAAACACAAUAGACGACGAGGACACGUUUAAGUUCCUCAUCGCCACCGACAUCCACCUCGGAUACCUGGAGAAAGACGCCGUCAGAGGCAAUGACACGUUUGUGACGUUCGAUGAGAUCAUGAGUUGUGCCAGACAGAAUGAUGUGGACUUGGUGCUGCUGGGUGGAGAUCUUUUCCAUGACAACAAGCCUUCACGUAAAGCUCUGCACAGCUGUAUGGAGGUGAUGAGGAAGUACUGCAUGGGUGAUAAACCGAUCCUGUUUGAGAUCAUCAGCGAUCAGGCCGUCAACUUCGGGAACAGCAGGUUCCCCUGGGUGAACUACCAGGAUGAGAACCUGAACAUCUCCAUACCUAUAUUCAGCAUCCACGGGAACCAUGACGAUCCGACCGGGGCUGAUGGUCUGUGUGCUCUGGAUGUGUUGAGCUGCGCUGGUCUGGUGAAUCAUUUUGGACACAGCCGCUCAGUGGAGAAAGUGGAGGUCAGCCCAAUAUUACUGCAGAAAGGAAACACUAAGAUCGCCCUCUACGGCCUCGGCUCGAUCCCAGACGAGAGGCUGUACCGGAUGUUUGUGAAUAACCAGGUGACUAUGCUCCGCCCCCGAGAGGACGAGAGCGCCUGGUUCAAUCUGUUCGUCAUACAUCAGAACAGGAGUAAACAUGGUGCCACUAACUACAUCCCUGAGCAGUUUCUGGAUGACUUCCUGGACCUGGUGAUUUGGGGCCACGAGCAUGAGUGUAAAAUCUCUCCAGUCCGAAACGAGCAGCAGCUUUUCUAUGUCACGCAGCCGGGCAGCUCAGUCGUCACCUCACUGUCACCCGGGGAAGCUGUCAAAAAGCACAUCGGCUUACUCAGGGUGAAGGGCAGGAAAAUGAACCUGCAGAAGAUUCCACUACACACAGUGAGACAGUUUUUUAUUCAGGACGUGAUUCUUUUAGAUUACCCGGAGUUGUUCAGCCCAGAGAUUCCCAACGUCAGUAACAAAGUGCAGGCUUUCUGCCAGCAAAAGGUUGAAGAGAUGUUGGAGGAGGCAGAAAGGGAGAGACUCGGAAACCCACUAACACCCGAAAAACCUCUCAUCAGGCUACGAGUUGAUUACAGUGGAGGAUUCGAGUCUUUUAACACAAUGCGUUUCAGUCAGAAGUUUGUGGAUCGAGUAGCGAAUCCUAAAGACAUCCUACAUUUUGUCCGACACAGAGAGAGUAAAGACGAUGUGAAAGGGGAGAGUAUAGAUUUUAAUUUGCUCCUGUCUCGGCCGCCGUCUGAAGUUAUGCAGUUGCGAGUCGAGGAUCUUGUUAAGGAGUACUUUCAGACUGCAGAGAAGAAUAUGCAGCUGUCCCUGCUGACGGAGCAGGGCAUGGGCAAAGCCGUGCAGGAGUUUGUGGAUAAAGAGGAACGAGAUGCCAUCGAGGAGCUCAUCAACUACCAGCUGGAGAAAACGCAGCGCUACCUCAGGGAAAAACACGUGGAAGCCACAGAGGAGAAGAUCGAUGAGGAGAUUCGCCGCUUUAGAGACUCGAAGAAGAACACAGCAGAAGAGGAUGAAGAAGUACAAGAGGCGAUAAACCGAGCGAGAGCUCAAAGAGAUCCUGCAAAGGGUGAUGAUUUCAACCAAUUAGAUGAACCGGCAGAUGUUUCCAUGGAUUCCGAUGAGGACGACGCCCCCAUGCCACCAGUUAGGGGAAGAGGGCGGGGCUCCAGAGCAAGAGGAGGGAGGGGCCAAAGCAGUGCACCAAGAGGAAGAGCACGAGGAGCUGGGUCUCAGGCAAGUCGAGGUGGGCGGAGCCAGAAAGCUGCUUUAUCAAGUCCUGUUAAAACCAAGUCUAUAAUGGAUGCAUUUCAAGCUCCAAGAGGAUCCCGAGGUGCCACAAAAUCCUAUAAGGAGGUCACUAUAGAGGACAGCGACUCCGAGGACGACCUGUCCUUUGUCAAGACAUCUCGUCCUGCACAGAAAUCUUCCACUUUUUCUUCUUCCAGUAGGCGGGGCUCCCAAAGUCUCAGCCAAUCAUAUAAAGGAGUCUACUUUGAUGAAGACGAUGAUGAUGAUGAGUUUGACCCGUUUAAGACAGCAGGUCGUCGGGGUAGAUGACCAUGACCUCUCUCCCCCAGUGCACUCCAUCACCCCUCCAUCACCACCUCAUUACUUUUUCCCGUUUCUCUUCUCCUUCUCUGUCAGUUUUUGUUUCUCACUCUCUCUCACUCUCUCACUCACACUCUCUCUCUCUCUCUCUCUGUUACUUUUUCUCAGAAAUCUUUUCCCCGUAAGUAUGUAGACAGAGCGUCAGUGAGGUUACAUUUUUAAUGAUUCUUGAUGAUGUCAGUGGCUGUGAUUCUGCCUGGCUUUUGUUCGGUCUGUCGACACUUCCUUUCACUGAUUUUGCUUUAAUCUGAUCUCUGUUCAUGUGUAAAACCACAUUAUCAGUAAACUUUCUUAUAUUUUCCUCUUC